UCGCCGAGACCGGUGUGUGAUCAGUGUUAAUGCAACGCGUCCGUUAUGGGACGUACUUCGAAACAAGUUUGACGGGAAAUUCGUUAAGUUUUCCGAGCGCCUUUGGACUAGCGGUGCGAUGUGCGCGACGACACCUGCCCCUCUAGUGACGAUCGUUUGAAUUAAGUGACGUUUAAAAGUGAAGUAAACAAAAUGCAAGCGACUGUAUUAUUGUUGUGGUACUCUGUGUGGUGCGGGCUACGGUCAGGCGCGGGCGGCGCAGCGCUGACGAGCCGCGUGGCGGAGGCGCCUCAGGAGUGCGAGUGGCAGCGCGUGUCGGGCGGACCCGGCGAGCCCACGCGCGUGCAGCUGGCAUGUUCGCUGCGUACGGCAGCCGGCGCCACGGACCUGCUGGCCGGCCUCAGUGCCUCGCAGGCGCAGCGCAUCACUGCGCUCGACUUGCAUUGCACUGACGUAUUGUUCUUUGAGAGCUCCCUUGACGUCGGAAGAAGAAAAGAAGAAGGAACUGAACUGUUGUCGCGUUUCCACAACUUAAAAGAAUUGCGUAUAGAAUCCUGUAAGAUCCGAUACGUCCCGUCGGCGGUAUUAUCGCCGCUAAGUGGUUUACGCACCCUGAGUAUACGCACACACAACACGGAUUGGUCCGCUAUGUCAAUGGAAUUCCACAGAGAUACAUUCAGAGGACUUACCGACCUUAGAAUUUUAGACUUGGGUGAUAACAACAUAUGGGUACUCCCGUCGGAGAUAUUUUGUCCUCUAUACAAUUUAAAGGAGUUAAACGUUACGCAGAACAGAUUACAGGAUAUAUCGAACUUAGGAUUCUCGGACUGGGGCAACGGGCCUACUGCGCCAGGUAAAUCUUGUAAUACUGUACUGGAGACGUUAGAUAUGUCCCAAAAUGAAAUAAGUGGUCUGCCAGAUAACGGUCUUUCGAGUCUACGCGCUCUCCAAAAACUAUUUUUACAAGAUAACCGGAUAUCAACAGUGGCAGAUCGUGCAUUCGUCGGUUUGAGUGAUCUACAGAUACUUAAUUUAUCAACCAAUGCACUGACGGCGCUGCCGCCGGAGAUGUUUCAAUCGUCUCGGGACAUAAAACAAAUAUACUUAAACAAUAACUCUCUCAGCGUGCUCGCACCUGGAUUGCUUGAAGGACUCGAUCAGCUGCAGAUAUUAGACUUGUCAGUCAACGAGUUGACGAGUGAGUGGGUCAACCGCGAUACAUUCUCGGGAUUGGUGCGUCUCAUUGUUUUGAAUUUGUCACAUAACAAAAUAAGUAAGAUAGACGCACUGUUAUUUCAAGAUUUAAACAAUCUUCAGUUCUUAAGUUUGGAAUUCAACAACAUCGCUCGAAUAGCAGACGGUGCAUUUUCAAAUUUGAAGAACCUCCACUCGCUGUCUUUGGCUCACAACAACAUUAUCGAAGUGGACAGCGGUCAUUUCUCAAACUUAUAUGUAUUAAACCAGUUAUUCCUCGAUGGUAACAGAAUAACGAAGAUAGACUUACGCUCUUUUGAAAAUAUUACAAAGCUGCACGAUUUGGGCCUCAGUGGAAACCAGUUGACCGAGGUACCGGAAGCCAUAAAGACGCUUAGAUUUUUAACAUCUCUAGACUUAGGCAUGAAUAGAAUUACCAAAGUCACGACUUCGCAGUUUGAAGGCUUAGAUGACUUGUAUGGGCUGCGGCUGGUCGGGAAUAAGAUUGAGAAAAUCUCUAAGGAUACUUUCGUUGCCUUGCCGUCACUACAAAUAUUAAAUUUGGCUUCAAAUAACAUUGAUCAAAUUGACGAUGGAGCUUUUUCCUCUAAUCAGCAAUUAAAAGCAAUAGGUUUGGAUGGAAACAAAUUAGUCGACCUAAAAGGCAUAUUUACUAACUCGCAACCCCUCGUUUGGUUAAAUGUGUCAAACAAUGAGUUGCUUUGGUUCGACUACAGCUACAUACCCACGAACGUCGAAUGGCUAGACAUGCACGAGAACAAAAUUGAAAAGCUCGAAGACACGUACGGAUUAAAAGAAUCUUGCAAUAUAAAAAUGCUCGAUGUAAGUCACAACAAAAUAAGAAGUCUCGACGAAUUCUCUUUCCCUAGCAGCGUAGAGACCAUUGUUUUAAACAAUAAUCACAUUGAAGACAUAAAUCCGGGUACAUUUUUACAAAAGUAUAACCUAAACAAAGUGAUUCUUUAUUCAAACAAGAUAAAAACUUUAGAAGUUGGUGCGUUUGCUAUAUCAGCUGUAUCUGAAGACAAAGAUCUACCCGAAUUUUAUAUCAGCGAGAAUCCAUUCGAUUGCGACUGCACAAUGGAAUGGUUGCAGAGAAUUAACCAAUUAAGCGAUCUCAGACAGCGGCCGAGAGUAAUGGAUUUAGAAAGCGUAAGGUGCUCUUUGACACACUCACGAAAUAAGUUGGGCGUGUUUCUACUCGAAGUGAAGUCGUCGGAAUUUUUGUGCAAGUACGAUUCACACUGCUUCACCCUGUGCCAUUGUUGUGACUUUGAUGCUUGUGAUUGUAAGAUGACUUGUCCAGAUAAUUGUACGUGUUAUCAUGAUCUCACCUGGAACUCCAACGUCGUGUAUUGUUCGAACGCCGGCUACGAUCACGUGCCGGACAGAAUGCCGAUGGACGCGACCGAAAUCUAUUUGGACGGGAACGACUUGAAAGAAUUAGGAAAUCACGUAUUUAUCGGUAAAAAACGACUGCAAGUUCUUUAUCUCAAUAACAGUAAUAUAAACACAAUACAAAAUAGAACGUUUAACGGCAUCGAAUCAUUGAGAGUACUCCACUUAGAAAAUAAUAAACUCGAAGUACUUAGAAAUACGCAGUUUACUCGGCUUCCGAAUCUGAAUGAACUUUACUUGAACGAAAAUAAAAUAAAGGUGAUAGAGAAUGAUACAUUUAAUUACUUGCCGUCGCUGGAAUAUCUGAACCUUGAAAAUAACGGUUACGUUGAUUACAUGCCGUGGAGAGUCAUUACAGAUAAUAAUCCUCGCACGCGGGUCUCCGUCGACGGCAACAACUGGAUAUGCGAUUGUAAAGAUGUGGCCCAGCUGAAUCAAUGGCUUAUAAAGAAAUCGAAAGAUACCGAAACCAUGAUGUGUUACUUUGCUCACGGCCAGUCAAUGAAUAAAACUAUCGCGACAGUAGCGAAGGAAUGUAAAACGGAGACUACCACAGAAGAGACCGGGACCGAGACUCUAAAACGAUUAUUCAUCGAAACGAAUGAUGGCGUCGAAAAUUACAUUCCAUAUAUUGCAGUCGUGUUGAUAAUAGUAAUCAUACUUUUAGUGAUGUGCGCCUUUCUGUUCAUGUUCCGGGAAGAUUUUAAAUUAUGGAUGCAUUCUAAAUACGGUGUUAGAGUAUUCAGUUCUUCCUCAAAGGACAUGAACGAUAACAAAAAUAAACGCUUCGACGCUUUCUUUGUGUAUAAUCCACGAGACGAAGACUUUGUGACGCGUGCGGUGAGUUCGGAAUUAGAGAAUUCGGGUCAUUCUUUGUGCCUCCAGCAUAGGGACUUGCAACUGAUCGAGAGACGAUCCGGCGAUAGUUUAUCCAGUGCCUCGGAAAGUUCCAAAAGACUUGUUAUUGUGUUAUCUAUAAACUUUUUAGAACAAGAAUGGUACUCGCCAGAAUCAAAGGCGGCUAUUCAAAGUGCUAUAAAUUCAGUGAACGUUAGGCAUAGACGUCAAAAGAUAAUUUUCCUUGUAACCACGGACUUGAGUGCCAUAAACAUCGAUCCAGAUUUAAAAGUGUUGCUCAAAACGUGUACAGUGAUCGUGUGGGGGGAGAAAAACUGUUGGGAAAAACUAAAUUUUCGGUUGCCUGACGUGGACGUGACGUUACCUAAUCGGACGCUUCAUAACGCUAAUAAUAUGAAAACUAGUAAUAGGGAGGCAUUCGGUCGUCACGGUAACCUGAGGUACACAGCGCCGCCGACGUCUCAGGAUCCGUGGUACAAGUACGGCAUGGCGCCUCCGAUCCUGAUGAUGUCGAGUCCCAUGCACUCGACUAGCGCGAGUGCCGAGGUGUCGGCGCGCAGCACGGAGGACGAGACGUGCUCGGUGGCGAGCAGUGAGGGUCGGCCCGACGACCGUCUGCCGCACCACCACAGCUACGUCUCCAUAGACAACCACCAGUGCGAGGAGCGCCCGCUCCGGCCCGCGCAACAGAUACCCAUGUCUAACACGCGGCCCGCUAAUGUAAGAAAGACUUAUUUCGUUUAAAAACUUAAAAUGUGAUUUAUUUUUUGUAUCAUUGUGUAAAUUGUAUGUAAUAUUGUUCGUUAAUUUUUCUUGUAAAUGUAAAAACUAUGUCGAAUCGAAAUAUUCUAUGUUGGUGCUGAUACGUUACGAUGACUUAAAAGAUAAUGUUUCGUUUUUAAAAUAGUACUGUAAGUACUAAAUGAAUAUGUAAUGACAUGCAUUUAAAAAAUAACGGUACCUGUCAAAUGACAACAGACUCUCUAGCCUUUACUUGCACAAAUAUUUAAUUAAGUAUAUUGCAUUCCAUGUAUAAGUUAACAUUAUGUAUUGUUACUGACAUAGGAAGGUUCCUGAUACAUGGUCCUGUUUACACAAAGGAUUUUAUGAUUAACUUGUGAUAAUGUUAGGUACUUACUUAGAGUAUUGUGAAAUGUUUAAAGUGAACAGUGCAAAAGGUACUUUAUGUUGUAAGAAAUAUGUAAAU